UUUCCACGUGUCCACUUUCGUUUUGUCCUAUUUUUGAUGGUUUGCAGCUGCCUGGUACAUUUUGCAUAUACGUAUCUUGAAUCUAAGUCAUGCUUUUUGCAGUAUAACAAACGAUGCAUAUACUACGACGUUAGGCCUAAUUGUAUUAUUACUAAUAUCGACAGUGGUACUUGUGAUGUGGACAAAUAUACUCUUGCCUCGACACUGAAGGACUGGGGAUUUAACUCACAGCGAAACGUCCUACUAAGUGAGUUCCCGAUCGACCCGGUAAAGAAGAAUUAUGUUCGCCAAGUAAAGAACUCUCUAUUUUCGAUUACAUACCCUGUUCCAUUACGUUCGAGGACUAUUUUAGCUGCCAUAUCGGACGACGUGCUUGUAAAUAUUUUGGAUCUUGACCCAGUUGUCGUUCGUAGUCGAGACUUUACCGAUUUCGUGAGUGGCAGCCUUGUUUUGCACGGAGCUGUCCCCUUGGCCCAUAGAUAUGGUGGUCACCAGUUUGGAAGCUGGGCAGGUCAGCUUGGGGACGGACGAGCGGUCAUGUUGGGAGAUUACGUCAACAGGAAGGGCGAGAGAUGGGAGCUGCAGUUGAAGGGUUCGGGACUGACUCCUUACUCCCGUCGUGGGGACGGGCGAGCAGUGAUACGAUCGUCUGUCCGCGAAUUCCUUUGUAGCGAAGCUCUUUACCAACUCGGUGUGCCUACGAGUCGAGCUGCCUCCCUUGUGGUUAGUAAUGACCCUGUCACACGUGACCAGUUCUACGAUGGACACCCUCAAACCGAGAGAGCCGCUGUUGUAUUGCGUAUAUCACAGUCAUGGUUCAGGUUCGGAUCCCUGGAAAUCCUAGCGCAAAACGGAGAGAUAGACUUACUCAGACAACUGACAGAUUUUAUAAUCAGAAGGUAUUUUUUAGACAUUGAUCUACACGGCGCUAACAGGUAUUUGGAGUUGUAUAGCGCAAUAGUUGAACAAACCGCCGCCAUGAUUGCCAUGUGGCAAUCUGUGGGGUUCACACACGGGGUCUGCAACACAGAUAACUUCAGCAUCCUUUCUUUAACGAUUGACUUCGGACCGUUUGGAUUUCUUGAGGAGUACAACCCGAAAUUCGUUCCUAACACAUCAGACGAUGAGGGCCGAUAUAGUUACGAACGACAGCCCGAUGUUGGCUACUAUAACUUGGAUAAACUCAGACUGGCUCUUCAGCCAUUACUGAGCAAAAGUCAGGCAAAGCUGAUGACAGUUGUUCUCAAAGGGUACGUGGACAUUUAUAAAGACAAGUUCAUGGAACUAUUCAGGCGGAAAAUUGGUUUAUCGAAGGAAGCUGAGGAGGACGAACAGGUCAUUGCGAUACUAUUGAAAAUGAUGGAAGAAACGAAGGCUGAUUUUACAAUGACAUUUCGACAAUUAUCGGAGAUAAGUGUCAGUGACAUCGGCGAAAUGCUGGUGUUACCUGGCGAUCAAGCGUGGGCGCUGAAAAAACUAGCUACUCACGAUUGGUUUGCUGCAUGGGUCAAAAUGUACAAGAAAGUGCUAAUGGACCAAAAUGUGACCGAAACAAACAGACAAAGAAUAAUGAAGUUGACCAACCCUCGGUACGUACUUCGGAACUGGAUGGCUCAGAGAGCUAUAACUAAAGCGGAACGAGACGACUUUAGCGAAAUUGCCAAGGUGUUACGAGUAUUAGAACGACCUUUCACAUUUCAGGAGGAGGCCGAAGCGAACGGAUUUGCAUCCCCGCCUCCUCACUGGGCGAAUACUCUCCGUGUCAGUUGUUCAUCGUGACUGUCACUGAAACCACACACGUCAUGACAAAGUUGUUCAUCGUGACUGUCACUGAAACCACACAUGUCAUGGCAAUGUUAUAUCUAAUAUGAACUUGGUCAGACCACAAUCGUCUGUAUUUGGUUAAUAUUUAUAGAAAAAAAUAAGCCCGUACUCCUACUAUCUACCGUUGAUAUAGUAGGAGUAAGGGGCUAACGUUUUUUUUCUAUUUUUACUAACCGGAAGCAGACGCCUGUGGUCAGACAAAUGCUUACUGCUGGUAAAAGUAACGAAUUCUACAGUUCUCUUUGAACGAUGUUAAGGAUGUUCGACGUAGCUAAAUUAUGUUUGAUUACAGGCCAUUCAUAGUUUUCUCCCGUGCUGAACUAUGCAAGGUAUAGUUUAAAAAAAACGACUCGUGUAUAAUGUUAAAAAUCACUAGGAGAAAAAAAUAUCUAAAACGUGAUAUUUUUCAAAGGUUUGUUACAAAACCAACACUUUCUAUUAAUUAUACUAAAAUUAAAAGUGACUGCAAUAAUUCUG